AUGGUGCAAAACCUAAGAUACAUAAAUUUGGUUAAAUUUGUUCUUUUGGGGAUUUCACAGAAUCCUGCUAUUCAGAAAAUAUUCUUUGUUGUGUUUUUGUUGGUCUGCAUUGCAACUGUUGGAGGCAACGAGCUGAUUAUAGUGACCAUCCUCUGUAGCCCUGCACUGCUGGGCUGCCCCAUGUACUUCUUCUUGGCUGUCCUGUCCUUCCUGGAUGCCUGCUUCUCCUCUGUCAUCACACAAAAGAUGGUUGUGGGUUUCCUGUAUGAGAGGAAAUCCAUCUCUUAUAAAGAAUGCAUAAAGCAAGUGUUUGCUGAUCACAUUUUUACUGAGGUAGAGAUGAUUGUCCUCACAACAAUGGCCUAUGACCACUAUGUGGCCAUUUGCAAGCCCUUGCACUACUCUUCCAUCAUUAACUGGAGGCUCUGUGUCAUUCUAGUGGGGGUGUCCUCGACAGGGGGCUUCUUGAAUUCCAUUAUGCAGAUUCUCAUUACAUUCCAGGUGCCCUUCUGGGGGCCGAACAUCAUUGAUCACUUCAUGUGUGACCUGUACCCAUUACUGGAGCUGGCCUGCACUGAAACUCGUGUCCUAGGCCUUCUGGUGAUCUCCAACAGUGGGUUAAUCUGCAUCAUCAACUUCUGCUUGUUGCUGGUCUCCUAUGGCAUCAUCUUGUUCUCCCUGAGAACUCACAGUGUUGAAGGGAGAAGGAAAGUUCUGUCCACCUGUGGAUCUCACAUUGCUGUUGUGGUUUUGUUCUUUGUCCUCUGCAUAUUUAUAUAUGCAAGACCUCAUUCUUCCUUCCCCUUUGACAAAAUGGUGGCAAUAUUUUACACCGUCCUGACUCCCGUGCUCAGUCCUUUGAUUUAUACUUUGAGGAAUAAGGAAGUGAAAAAUGCCAUGAGGAAAGUGCAGAAGAGACUAGUGGUGGUUUCCCAUGAAAAAUGA